AUGGGUCCUGGAGCAGCCGUGCUCAGCCACGCCCUGAAAUGCGGCACAAACAAGGCCCCCUCCGUCACCCUCCUGGACCACCUGGCCAGCCUCCCUGACUCCUCGACGGCCAACUACCGCGCGCUGAGCAAUAAGACGAAGAAGAAAAUCUUUAACCGGGAUGAGGAAAGAAAAAUUGGUGAUGAUCCCUCGUGCCAGACCUUUGAUAUAACACUGCUGUACAAGAGCAUAACACUGGCCUGCGAGGGUGUGCCACCCAGUGACGAUGCACGCUGGAAGGACACGGCACUGAUGGAGGGACUCCUCAACAAGAUCAAGGAGGAAAGAAACACCUGUGUCCACGAAUGGACUCAGACGAAAAUGGAUGAACACCAGUUUAAGAAGAAACUUCAAGAGUUUGAGGACAUCUUCAUCAGAGCCCUUCAUGCCGUCAGGGACAGGUACGGAGUCUGUGCCGCUGAAACCAGCACUGUCAUUGACUCUGUGAGAUUGCAGAUACAAGAUGUGUUGAAAGCCUUUACUGAAAAAGUCAUCCUCGUGAUGAACUUCGAGAAAAAGCUGGAAAUGUUCAAGGAAUUAUCAGUUUGUCACCUCAAAGAUCGUUACAAACACUUUGAGUGUUUUGACCCGCUCUCCUUCCUGUGUGGAUCCAAACAACGGGUCCACGUCCAAACAGACGACAGGCCGCGCCUCGCCGUGGUGAGCGGCAUCGCCGGGAGUGGCAAGACCACGCUGCUCACUCUCCUGGUGUCAGAGUGGCGCAGGGAAGAGUGUGACCGUCGCGUCAAACAUCUGGAGGAGUACGACAUUGUGCUCAGAAUACUGUGCAGAGACAAACAUGCCGAGGACCUGGAGACAUUCCUGCGCCUGGUCCUCCCGCCCAGUCUGUCGGUGUUUGGGAGCCCCUCGGAUUCCGUCGCUAGGAGGACGGAGUUUGCACUGCAGUACUCCACCUCCUCCACAAACCAGGACAGGCUGAGGGAAUUCAUGACAAAACAAAAGGACAUCAAGUUGUUUGAGCUUCCUCUCAAUCUGUUGUUUGUGGUAAGAUUAUUUGAACACAAUCCAGACUGCAUGAAGGAAAGCCCUACCCAGGCCAGCCUGUACACCCACUUCCACGAGUGGUGCACAGAGAAGCUGUGUGUGAGAAUAGCCACGCACCCCACAUGGGGGGAGAAGAGGCCGCGCACCCUCAAGACGAGGAUAAAAAGAAUGGUACAAGAAAUGUACCGAAUGGCACUGCAUUGUCUGCUGCAAGACAGAUUGAGCCUCUCAGAGGAGGACGUGGAGCGGCUGGAGAAACGCUGCAAGGAAGAGGACCUGCCGGAUCAAGAAGUCUUGGGAGCGUUCUUCACUCUGCAGUUGUCUGUCAACAACAGUGUACGUGAAGAACACUACUCGCUGCCCCACAAAGGACUGCUGGAGUACUUUGCCGCACGACAUAUCAUGCAGCGCCUUCAGGAUGGGUCCCUUCCUCCAUCAGGGGCUGUCAGGAGCCUGCUUCAAACCGUCAGUCAGCAAGGGACAUUUCAUGGUCUGCGUCUGCGUAAUCUUUUCUUCCACGUGGCGGGCCUGUUGGCCAGAGAAGAGGUACCAAAUCGCACUGAGGCAAUAAAGGAAGUAAUAGAGCUGGUGGGGGAGACUGGCUCAGAGUGGGGUGGAUGGAUGUCAGUGCUGGAGGAGAGUGACGAAGAAUUGUAUGAAGAUGUUCCUGGCUGGAAGGAAUGGCUGUCACUAGUGGAACACACGGAUUAUGAUGAAGGCUUCCUGCAGGCCAUCGCUCACCACGUCACAGUAAACCCUCCUGGUGGCAAGGUAUGGAUAAAAGAUAAUAUGUUGGCCAGCGCUGCGGCACUGCUCCCCCGUACUUCACCACCAACAACAGUGGAAUUAUGGCUGUACAACGAAAGUGUGAAUGUGGAGAAUGUUCGUGCCUUGAGUCAUUACCAUUGCAGUGAGUUGAGGCUACACCACCAUUACCAGCACCCCGGCAACACACCUGCCUCACAUGCCAUGCUGCACACCAUACGCAGGAGUCGCCUUAAGCAGUUCAUUGGUCACCUGAGUGCUGAUUGCCUGACACUGCUCCCUGAAUGCCUUACGUGGCUGUGCCUGGCUGUGUCCAGUGAUGAGCACGCUACCCGCCUCACCGCAGCACUCUCCCGAGCCUCCUCAUCUCUGCCUAACCUGUCCGACCUUAUGAUACACGUCCCCAUGUCGAUGGUAACACCAGCAGCGGUUCUGUCACCACUGCCUGAUAUCAGUGAUGUGUCCCUGGUCUUGUCUGGCGUGGACAAAAAUCUGGUGAAGGAAGCGUGUCAAGUGGCCGCAGCUCUCCAGCCUAGAAGGGGAUAUUUUGACAUUGGGUUCCCCCUGGCCAGGAUGGAGGCGGCAGGGUGGCGGCGCCUCCUCCACCUGAUGGCCAGUGCGUGGGUCACGAUGAGGACAGGGGAGGCGGAUUGGUUGCAGGGAGGUUUAAUGAUACCAGAGGAAACCAUCACAGAGGAGGAGGAGUGGGAGCUCACCAAACUCACUCGCACUUUGUGGGGGUGUCCGGUGUACAGGAGGUGUGACAGGAUUUGUUUUCUGCCUUCUGCUCCCUUUUCCCUUGCUGAUGAGUCUCAGGAAGAUGAUGAGUCCGAUGGAGAAGAUGAUGAAGAGGAAGAGGAGGAAGAAUAAAGAGAAGAGUGGUGUAGCAUUGGCGGUAAUACUGAGAGUUGUGUGAGUGAUACAGCAUUGAUGUGUUUGUAAUGCUGUGCUAAUAUUAAGUAAUGUCAUCAAGUUAUUACAACACUUCCAUGUUAACAUAAGAAAUCACUUCACUAAUGUAGAAAAAAAAAAUAUUAUAGAUUAAAAAUAUGAAGAGACA